AUGUUGUCGAACAAAAUAGAAUCGGUCAUGGUCCACAGCUCGAAUCCCAAUGCGCCAAUUGGCUCCAGAUUGGACGGUGCUGGGUUCUCAAUUAGCUCAGGAGUCCAUUUACCCUUGUACUCUGGAUUUCUGAUCUUUGGGGCCGUCCAUGGUCCACAGCCGUGCUCCUCACAGAAUGGGUUAGGAAUCUUUGGUGCGAGCCACUCUCCGUCUUCUUCGUCGUCCCAGUACUCUGGCUUCACAGCGUCUGGAUCUGGAAUGUAUGCCUCCGCGUCCUCGUCCCAGUCGUCCGGCUUGGAAGCGGUCGGGUCCACAAUCAAGUACGGAGCGUCCUCGUCCCAGUCCUCUGGCUUCUUGGCAUCUGGAUCAGGGAUCAUCUCAUCCUCAACCCAAUCUGCUGGCUUUUCGUCGUUUGGGUCGUCAAUUUCCUUUGGAGGAGUAAGGUCGAAGUAUCUCGAGUCCAGCAGCGAGCCUGCCUUGGCAACCUCACCGUUGAUCCGGAUCUCAAAGUCCUGGUUAGGCUUGAUGAUCAGAGUGUACAAAGAGGUGGUCUUGACGACUCUUCCCAUUGGCGGUGUCUUAAGAUGCUUCUCCUCGUACUCACCAGUGACCGGGUUCUUUCUGCGGAUAAUGAAGUGCACCUUGUUGGACAUUCCACAUUUGUCAGGACCAAACAUGACCUGGUAA